AUGCCACACUUGCCACACUUUGGGGCACUCGGUCUGCUUCUGCUGCUGCGCCUGUGGCAGCUGCUGGCGCUUGCUCCGCUCAGCUAUAUUAGUGGGCGUGGCGCACGCCCACGGCGCCUGGUCACCUCGCUGGCCACAAUAAAGUGGCUUGCACUAUUGACGCUCUCACCGCUGUUGGUGCAACAGAGUGUGGCACUCUACGACGCCACCAACGUGAAGCCAUCGCCGCUCUUCAGACGCAUCGCGCUGGCCACGAUGGCUGGCGAUUUGGGUAUCUCGCUAGCCAUGCUGGGCACCCACCUCUGGCAACGCCGUCGCCUGAUGCAGUUGAUCAAUGGCUUGGCCAGAUUGCAGGCAAAGGUUCGUCUGAGUCGUCGAGCAACUCUGCUGCUGUGGGGCAAGUUGCUGCUGUCGCUCUACGAGCUGCUCUGCAACGAGCCUUUUCUGCGUCAGAAUGCCGCUCAUCUACCCUGGUUGCAACUGCUCGCUUAUGGCUUGCAACUGUACGUGCAACACAUGAGCAGUGUCUUUGGCAAUGGCAUCUUUGCUGGCCUGCUGCUCAUUCUGGCCAGCAUGGAGCAACUGGAGCUGCAGUGGGAACAGCUCUACCUGGACAAAUCCCAGCACUGGCGUCUCCUCCGUGCAGAGCAACGUUUGCUGCGGGUUUGCCAGGAUUUUGUUGGCGUCUUUCAACUCGGAAUGUUUCUGCUCGUGAUUGGCAACUUUAUCAACAUUCUGGCCAACAUGUAUGCCUACAUGUUCUACUUUGUGGAGCAGCACGGCAUCCCUCUGACCAUCUCAAACUACUGUGCAAUUGUUGCCAUCCAGCUGUAUGCCGUCAUCCUGGCCACGCAUCUCUGCCAGCUUCGCCAUCGGCGACUGCGCAGCUGCUGCCUGGAACUACGCUAUUCCCCUCCAGAACUAACAUUGGAGCAAGCUGUGCUACCAACUCCAUUGUUCUUUUGGCCUCUGGACACCGUACAGUUCUCCGUUCUGGGCCUCUUCAAUCUGGACAACGGUUUUUGGCUCUUUCUCGUUUCGUAUGCAGCCAACUUCAUCGUCAUCAUCUUGCAGUUCACCUUGGAGCACAUGAAGCGCUGAA